CCCAUUACCAAUUGCUGCGACCCUUGUCGAGCAUCUUAACGUGUUGCAGAUGUUAUUUCUCUAAUUCCCCCAAACCGCACUCUCUUCGGAAGCUACUCUCUCUCGCCUUCUCCGCCAGUCACCACCUCAUUCCACCACCAUGCUGAGCAGUAAAUGUCUCUCGCGCGCAACACUACAAACUCCGCAUGCCCCACGCCUAUGCAGAAACAUAGCGACCAGAUCACCGCGACCGCAGGUACGAACAGCGACACAUCCUUACGCUCAACGGCGGCAGCAGCACUUUGUCCGAUCAGUAGCAACCGUCACAGUGUUAUGGGCCACCGCCACCGCAUGGCAAUGGUGCAGUGGACAUUCAAUAAUAGGCGAGGUACAUGCUGAAGAGCCACCACAAGAAGAGGAGGUAGUCAAGUUCGAGGCACCCCGGCGGCAAGCAACGUCGAGUGACGACAACAGAAAUAUCAUCAGUUCACAGCACUUGCAAGUAGUAAAGAGCUGGGAGAACCCUGGCGUAUAUGCCUGGGGCUCCAAUUCGGGCAAGGCCGUGGCACCCGAUUCCGACGACAAGUUCAUCAAGACGCCGAGGCGCAUACCCUUCUUCGAUGGGAAGCUGCUGCGGGAUAUCAAGUUAGACAGAAGCUUUGGCGCCGCCAUUGAUGAAAGGGGAGACUUGCUGCAGUGGGGUACAGCUUUCUCGACGGACAUAUCUGAACCCACGAAGACACUGAAAGGACAAAAUCUCAAAUCACUCACCAUCUCACGCGACCGGAUCAUCGCCUUGUCCUCAAGUGGUGCCGUCUACUCGAUACCCGUCUCGCGAGCAGAACAGCAGGAUGGUCCAAAACCAGCGACCACUUCAUGGAUACCAUUCUGGUCCACCGACUCUAAUGACGUAUCAUAUCGUAUCCGUACACCAGAGAACCUAGGAUGGAACGAGCGAGUGACACAGGUAUCCUCCGGUCUUGAGCACGCUCUUAUGCUCACCUCCGCUGGUCGCGUCUUCUCUUUCGCCUCUGGCACAGAAGCCUACCCCAGUAAAGGUCAACUGGGUGUGCCUGACCUUAGAUGGGAAACUCGACCUGCUGGCCCUUAUGAUAUCCCGCACGAGAUCACAACACUGAGAGGCUUUCGCAUAAAAAAGAUUGCAACAGGUGACUACCACAGCUUAGUAUGCGAUUCCGCUGGGCGCGCCUUCACAUUCGGUGAUAACACAUCUGGUCAACUCGGCCACCCUUUCAAUGUAGAAGCGCAAACUGUUGAUGCGCCGUCUCUCCUCCCAACACAGAGAUUCGGAAACAACGCAAAAGUGGCCAACGUCUUCGCUGGUGGCAACACUUCCUUCCUCUCUGUCGAAGCAACAAAGCCUGACACCAAUCGUGUCAUAGCGGAUACAUGGGCUUUCGGCUUUGGUCUCACCGGUCAGCUUGGUAUGGGCCGCUGGGUGCACGCACAAGCCGACCCCGUCAAAGUUCCCGCCCUUUCGGGCCUAUUCGAAUGGGAUGAGGCCAACAACACCGCUAUUCCCAUCCGACUCUCUACCAUCUCCGUGGGCGCUACGCACGCCGCCGCCAUCAUGGACAACGUCGCUAGCGUCGCCGUCUCCGGCAGAGCCCAAAAACUCACAGACAACGAUACUAACUGGGGCCGCGAUAUCUUGUUUUGGGGUAACAAUGAGUUCUAUCAGAUUGGCAGUGGGAAGCGUAACAACGUACCGACGCCAUCGUAUAUCCAGCCUCUGGACCAGGUAGCAGAGCAGGAGAGAGCUGCGUCCGCAAAAGGGUUCGGCCAGCAAUUACGAGAGAAGGAUAUGCACCGUUUCCAGAUUACGCCGAGGAAAAAAGUCACGGUCAACGGAAGGUCCGUGGAGUUUGAGCAAAAGAUCGAAUGCGGAAGGAGUUGCACUGUCGUGUAUUCUGCGGUUUAAGAUUCUGUGCUGAGACACGUUCACUUCUUGUAUAUAGGUUCGACAUGUAUGUUAUGGGCGCGGAAAGGAAAAGGAACGUUAACGAAUUAUAACAUUAACCUCAAGGGUCUGGAAUCUCCCAAAUUACUCAAACAAAUGAGAAUUCAAUUUUAGUAAUCUAUCACUUCUACACAUAUGGCCGAGUUUGAGU